CUUUCCAUGUUAUCACAAAAUAAACAGUGCGUGGAGGUGGUUACCAUAGGCCACCAACUAGCCUCACACUGAGGCAUUUUACUCUGCCUUCACAAGAGGCUUGGUGCUACUCUCCCAGCUUUAACAGAACAAAGAGGCAAACAAAGGGUUUUACUAAUCAUCUUACCCUCAGGACCUUGAACCGGCCUGCAUCCAAACUACUGGUAGAAAGGAAAGGAUCUUGGGACUUACUGUAGGCUAGCCCCUCUGUUUACCACACAGAGGGCGGAAGUCCCCCCUGAGAAACGAAGUUUAAGGCUACAGGCUGAGUGUAAUGCUAGGUGGAUGACAAGCGGGUGGUGCAGUUCUUUGUCUCUCCAAGUUCCUUUCUUUACAGCAGUCCUGGGGAGGCUGGGGGAAGCAGGACAGGCUUAGCGCUGAGGCUGGGGGGCUCACUCUUUCCGGGGCGGUCCCCAGCGGCGGUGCAUUCCAGAGUCGUCCGUGCGUGGCGCGCGAGGUGCUGGAGCACGCAUCCCAGCCUCUCCUGCGCGCUCCCGGGCUUGGAGUCCGAGCACGUUCUCGGCGCUAGCCGGGCUGAGGUUCCAGGGCUGGGGUCGCUUGAGGAUCCCUUGCGAUCCUAGGGACCCAGAAAAUCUCCGAUUGCUGCUUGUAAUCCUGACUGGGGAUCGGGAUCGGAUCUGGGUAUCCUGUGGCUGUCAGUUCUCUGAUCUGUGAGCAGACCGUGAAAAUACUUCAAAUUGUUCAAAGCCCAGGGCUGCUGUGUAGAAGAACUGCUGUCAUUCACCUCUGAGAGAUUACCAAGGUACCUCCAGGUAACUGCCUCAAACAAAUGCAUCUUCUUGGGGGCAAGAGCAUCAAUGUCCAGCAUAAAACCAAAACAUCCAGAAAGGCAAAAGAGAGGGUACAGCAAGAACAAAACUACCAACACAACAGAAAAUAACCAGCUGUCUGAGACAUGGCACCAUGCCUGUAAGCCAGCGCUUGGGAGACAAAGGCAGGGCCAACAUGGAUGCUAUCAGCCAAUCCCCUGUGGAUGUCCUACUGCCCAAGCAUAUCCUGGAUAUCUGGGCCAUUGUCCUCAUCAUCCUGGCUACCGUCGUCAUCAUGACCUCCUUGUUCCUGUGCCCGGCCACGGCAGUCAUCAUCUAUCGAAUGCGGACUCAUCCAGUUCUCAACGGGGCCGUCUGAGACCCUUGCCAGCGGGAUGGCGAGUGUUAAGGGCAGGGGUCUCCCCACUAGCCCGUUCUCAGAAAGACAGUGGGGAGACCCGGGAGCUGGAUUCGUGCUUUAGUUUUCAUUCUGCUGUUGGCCAACAGUGUAGACCCAAGAAGGGACCUAACUCUGUGAGUCCCAAGCUCCUUAGCUUUCAGCUAUGGGUCAUGACCCCUGCCUUCCUACCUCACAGGGUUGUGAGAACCACGUGACAGUGGAGGUAAAAGCUAUUUGAGAGCAGUGAAGCCACUCAGACGUUGUGUGAGGAGAAGCUCUGCAGAACCAAAGACCCCUGAAGCUGCUGACGGGACAGGAGGUGACGGAGACUGGGAAAGAGGAACUUCAGCCCGUGUCCCGUUUGCCAUCUUCAGCAAAUCAGACUUUUUUUUUUUUAAAGUGACAUUCCUUCCAUUUUUCUCAGUUUGGGAGAAAGCUAGUAUGGCAGGGGAGAGAGAUAAGCAUAAGUUCAGAAACGUCUCCGCUAAUUCCUGCUCCUGAAUGAGAGCUUUACUAUUGUGUACCAGUGUCGAAAAGUUGGCAAGAAGGACUGCUUUGUGCACGGAGCCCCCCAUCUCUGUUAGCGCUGACUCUCGGCCAUGUUGGGGAUUCAGGGCGGCUGAGUUUUCUGCUCAGCCUUUCAGCUCCUUGAUGUACCCGCUGUAGAGGAUUUCCUUGUUGCAGUUAGCUUCAAUCUGUUGUUAUUCAUCUUCUGUGGCACUGGAGAUGGAACUUUGACCUCCUUCAUGCUGGGAAAGGCAUCUACCACUGAGCUACAGCCCCAGCCCUUCUGACUCCCACAGCUGUCUGAAGUACUUAUUAUUUUAAGAGAUUUCCCAGGACUUUUGGACCUGACUUAAAACAACGAUGAUUAUUUUAGAUGCUAUGAGUUAUAUUUAUAUAGAGAUAUUCCUAGACUAUUAAAGCUUACCCUUUGAUACGGGAGUCAGGGUCAUCUAGGGAUUUAUUGUUAUGUCAGAAGAUAGCAUAGAUAUUGGGGUAUAUCAUGCCAAAUGAGGCUUACUUUGAUCUUCACUGAUAUAUGAAUCUAGUUUCCAAUAAAUGUCUCACUGAG